AUGGCGCUCUCCAAGGGCGAGACGGCCGCUGCGGAGUUGUCGAUCAAGUUCAAUCAGCUGCAGACGCGCAAGAAGCACCUGCGCUUCGCGCGCUCGCCGAUCCACGACUGGGGCUUGUAUGCGAUGGAGCGCAUCGCGCGCGGGGAGAUGGUGAUCGAGUACGUGGGCGAGGUCAUCCGCGCGCAGGUCGCGGACAAGCGCGAGAAGGCGUACGAGCGGCAGGGGAUCGGGAGCAGCUACUUGUUCCGGAUCGACGAGGACCUCGUGGUGGACGCGACGAAGAAGGGGAACCUGGGACGGCUCAUCAACCACUCGUGCGACCCCAACUGCACCGCGAAGAUCAUCACCAUCAACGGCGAGAAGAAGAUCGUCAUCUACGCCAAGCAGGACAUCGAGCUGGGCGACGAGAUCACCUACGACUAUCACUUCCCCAUCGAACAGGACAAGAUCCCGUGCCUGUGCGGCUCCGCCAAGUGUCGCGGCUACCUGAACUGA